AUGGGCCCUUCCCGCCGAGUCCUGCGGCGCCUCCGGGACAGCACCGGGACGGCCCCGCCCGCCGGGAAUUGUUUUGGGAUCGUUUUGCCGCGGGCCGCGGCGGGGCCGGCGGGUGCCUCCGGAACCCCUCGGGCUGCGGAGAGAUGGCGGCGCUGGGCCGUGAGCGGGGCCGGGGACAGGGACGGGACACGGACGGGCCGGGGACAGGGGCAGGACGGGGACAGGGACCGGUUUGGGGACCGAAACAAGCCCUCGAUCCCCCGCCGAGGGAGUGACCGGGAGGGAGCCCUGAGGGGACAGCAGGCGGUUCCCGGCCCACAGCCGCGCUCAGCUCUCCCGUCCUCUCUUGCAGGUCUCCGGCUCCCCGCGCACGGUGUGCUGGGCUGGCGGCCCGGCUCUGUGAGUCCCGUUCAGGCUCAGCUGCUCCAUCAGACGCCGGCGGCCGAUCACGCUGACAGCUCUGUCCAGGUGCAGAAGAGCUCUGCUGUUGUCCAGAGGAAAUCCUACGUCCCCAGCAGCCGUGGCGAGUACGUCAUCACCAAGCUCGAUGACCUGGUCAACUGGGCACGGCGGAGCUCCCUGUGGCCCAUGACCUUCGGGCUGGCCUGCUGUGCCGUGGAGAUGAUGCACAUGGCAGCUCCUCGCUACGACAUGGAUCGUUUUGGGGUGGUGUUCCGGGCCAGCCCCCGCCAGGCUGACGUCAUGAUCGUGGCGGGGACCCUGACCAACAAAAUGGCCCCGGCGCUGCGCAAGGUCUAUGACCAGAUGCCAGAGCCUCGCUACGUGGUGUCCAUGGGGAGCUGUGCCAACGGUGGGGGCUACUACCACUACUCCUACUCUGUGGUGAGGGGCUGCGACCGCAUCGUGCCCGUGGACAUUUAUGUGCCAGGUUGCCCACCCACAGCUGAGGCUCUGCUCUACGGGAUCCUGCAGCUGCAGAGGAAAAUCAAGAGGGAGAGGAGGUUGCAGAUCUGGUACAGGAAAUAGCCUUUAUUUAUGUCCCCACUCCCUGCCCCCGGGCACUGCUCACGUUCACGCACAAAUCCGGCUCCUCACGCGCCUUCCAAUAAAACUCUACCUGGUCCA